AUGAAAGAUAUCAACGAGACCUCUGGCCCAUCCUCCUACCAACCAGGGAACACCCUCCUACCAACCAGGGAACAGCCUCCUACCAACCAGGGAACAGCCUCCUACCAACCAGGGAACAGCCUCCUCCUACCACCCUCCUACCAACCAGGAACAGCCUCCUACCAACCAGAACACCCUCCUACCAACCAGGAACAGCCUCCUACCAACCAGGGAACACAGCCUCCUACCAACCAGGGAACAGCCUCCUACCAACCAGGGAGCCUCCUACCAACCAGCCUCCUACCAACCAGGGAACACCCUCCUACCAACCAGGGAACAGCCUCCUACCAACCAGGGAACAGCCUCCUACCAACCAGGGAACAGCCUCCUACCAACCAGGAACAGCCUCCUACCAACCCAGGAACAGCCUCCUACCAACCAGGGAACAGCCUCCUACCAACCAGGGAACACCCUCCUCCCAACCAGGGAACACCCUCCUACCAACCAGGGAACACCCUCCUACCAACCAGGGAACACCCUAACACCAACCAGGGAACAGCCUCCUACCAACCAGGGAACACCCUCCUACCAACCAGGGAACAGCCUCCUACCAACCAGGGAACAGCCUCCUACCAACCAGGAACAGCCUCCUACCAACAGGGAACAGCCUCCUACCAACCAGGGAACAGCCUCCUACCAACCAGGGAACACCCUCCUACCAACCAGGGAACAGCCUCCACCAACCAGGGAACAGCCUCCUACCAACCAGGGAACACCCUCCUACCAACCAGGGAACACCCUCCUACCAACCAGGGAACACCUCCUACCAACCAGGGAACACCCUCCUACCAACCAGGGAACAGCCUCCUACCAACCAGGGAACAGCCUCCUACCAACCAGGGAACACCCUCCUACCAACCAGGGAACACCCUCCUACCAACCAGGAACACCCUCCUACCAACCAGGGAACACCCUCCUACCAACCAGGGAACACCCUCCUACCAACCAGGGAACAGCCUCCUACCAACCAGGGAACACCCUCCUACCAACCAGGGAACACCCACCUACCAACCAGGGAACACCCUCCUACCAACCAGGGAACACCCACCUACCAACCAGGGAACAGCCUCCUACCAACCAGGGAACAGCCUCCUACCAACCAGGGAACAGCCUCCUACCAACCAGGGAACAGCCUCCUACCAAAUGAGCCUCCUACCAACCAGGGAACAGCCUCCUACCAACCAGGGAACAGCCUCCUACCAACCAGGGAACAGCCUCCUACCAACCAGGGAACAGCCUCCUACCAACCAGGAACAGCCUCCUACACCCUCCUACCAACCAGGGAACAGCCUCCUACCAACCGGGAACACCCUCCUGCCACCAGGAACACCCUCCUGCCAACCAGGGAGCACCGGAAGACAGCAGACU